AUCAAAAUUUAUGGGUUCGCCUUACUUCUAAGUGGCACUUUAUUCAAACCUCAUCGUUCAGAAUUUAUAAGACAAUUAACGUAUUUCCCCAUUUUAUUUCUGAACGUAUUAACCUAUUUUCCGAUUUGAGAAGCUAUUUAUGAUAUCGGGAGUUCUUUGAUCCUCCUCUCGAAAGGUUUUGAAGUAAAAUAAAUAAAUAGAAAGGGCAGGCAACGCUUUUUUUCCUCCUCUCUCAUUCUCUGAACUCUGAAGCACAAGUCCAGGGAAUUCAAAUAUUAGCUCAUGUCUGAGGCCUGCCCUCUAUGUCAUUUGACCUUCCCUCUAUCUCAGCUGGAAAGCCAUGUGAAUGGACACUUUGAGGAAGAUGAGCUUGGAAGAGACAUGGAGCUUGCAAGAAACAUAGAACUGGAAGAACAAAUUGCACUGGCCUCAAGUUCCCCAAGAACUUUGAGCUCUGGAGAUAAGACUGCUAAAGCUAGUGAACAGUUACUAGGAAAUGCUCAAUGUGGUGAAAUACAUAUUUCAGAAAAAAUUGCAAGUCUGAUAAGUUGUCAAAUAAGAAGCACCUUUCACAGGGUUCAAGAAGGCUUGAUGACUUUGUUGAGGAGGUCCUUGGAGAUGGAAAGUGAGAAUAGACAAAGUAUCAUAACUGGGCAUAUUGAUCACUAUCAAAGUAGCAGAGGGGAAGACUUGGGUUGGGGCUGUGGGUGGCGCAACAUUCAGAUGAUGUGCUCACACUUGUUAAUGCAAAGGCAAGAUGUAAACAAAGUUAUGUUUGGCGGUUCAGGGUUUGUUCCUGACAUUCCAUCUCUCCAGAGGUGGCUUGAGAUUGCAUGGGAAAUGGGUUUUGAUAUGUACGGUGCAGAGUCAUUCAAUUACAAGAUUUAUGGAUCGAGGAAAUGGAUUGGAACCACUGAAUGCGCGGCUCUUCUUCGUUCAUUUGGGCUUAGGGCUCAGAUAGUGGAUUUUGGAAGUAAAAUGGGUGAGACAUCUAGAAGCUGGGGUGGACAAACUGCUAACCAUAUUUGGGGGCCAAUGGACAAAUUUCUGCAAAAAGUACCUGGAGCUAGCAGUGACCUUUUUAAUCAUGGUAAUCUAAAGUGCUAUUCGACAAGUUGUGGUAAUGGCCUUCAGAUACUUGUUGAUUGGGUUUGGAAUUAUUUUGUGGACCAAAGUUUCUUUUGUUCAGGCAAUGAUCAUCGAGUUCUUGUCAGCAGGAAAACGCCUUUGUACUUCCAGCAUUAUGGCCACUCGAGAACAAUUGUUGGGAUUCAAAGCCAGAGGAUUGGAGAUGGAAUGCCUGAGCGGCGAAUGCUUUUAGAUGUGGAUCCUGGUCAGAACACGGCCACUUUGGAGAGGUCUCUUCGGGAAAAUGAUGGAUGGCAGAAGCUUGUGAAAAGAGGGGUGCACACACUUAAGAAGCCACAAUACCAGUUAUGUUACGUUGAUCCUGGGGUUGCACUUGGUUGGGAGCUGGAGCAGCUGAAGACAAUCCAUAGAAUGUGUUCAUCAACAUAGAAGCAUAGGUACUGAUCUGAGGUUUUUCCUGUGUGUAUAAGAUGUUCGUUUGUGAUUAUGUUGUUUAAAAUUAGAAGGUUGAGGAUUAUUGAGUUUCUUCCUUGGUCGAUGAAAAUGGGAGUUUCACCAAGGUUUACAACAUAUUAAAUUAAUGAAGACGAAUGUCGAAGUUUCUUAUUAUAUA